AUGCCUGUGGCUAUGGGCCCGUCUUACCUUUCGAGUCCUGAUAUGCAGUCGGCUGUCUUUCCGGACCGUCUUAUCCGUCCGCUUCCCAAACGCUCUCUCAAAUCUCGGCUCUCGCAGGAAGCGGCCGAGGCAAUACCUUUCCCACCAAAUCCACCUUCCUCUAGCUUUCCCGCUUACAAUCAAUAUGGAGAACAUGGCGAAUACGUGAAUGAUAGCAAGGUCCUUGUGCAGCAGGAUGAUGAGUACUGCGAUCACGAUCAUGACGACGAUCACCACCAUCAUCACCAUCACCACCAUUGUCAUGACCACGACCACGAUGAUCACCACUAUCACCAUCAUCAUCAUCAUCACGAGGUAGAUGAGGAUGUAGAGUCUAUUGAAGAUGAAGAUCGCAAUCCUGCCGCUGUGCGUAGGAUGAUGGCAUACAGAGAGAGUCCUGCGUCGUCAAGGGCAACUCGACAUUCUCGUCACGCGGCCAGUAAAGCAAGCUAUUCGGGAUCAGAUGGCUAUGAUGCGUUUGAGAACACCAACAACAAAAAGAAACGCAAGAUACCCACGUCUGGAAGUGUGGGAUUGCAUCAGUCAAGUCUGUCUGCCGAACUCGCACAUCUCGGACUUCACAGCUCACGAAGCGACCUGGCCGUUGCGCAAGAUGACGGUGCGGCAGACGGACAAUACCAGGCAUCUGCCUCGUACCCCGGUAACACGCUUUCAGGCAGUGGUAGAGCCCGGUAUGGGAAGGACUUAGGCCGCCGUGUUGGCGGACGCACCCCGCUAGGUGUCUCAACCAACAAUUCCAACUUGAGGCCCAGCAGUUUUAGUGGCACUUCAGCGAAAGACGGUAUCAGGUCAUCAGAUCAAGGUAUCAUUUCAGCAGCAAUUGCCAAUGCCACCGCUCUCUUGCGAAAACCGCUUCAAAAAGGUCAGGAAAACAUUGGAGUUCUGGACCAGCAGCUGAAGGCCUCCCCCACCAACACACAAUUUACAUUCACCUGCGAGACGGAUGCUGCCAAGGGUGUCACCUUCCCAGAACAGAGCCUUUAUUCGGCAGGAUAUGCUCAACGGGCGGCUAACAUCCCAACCACAACUUCAGCCAGCGGCCAUGUGCCUGGCACGCCGGGUACUUAUGCAAAUUCUGGAACGCAGUCUGCCAACGGGCCAAUGUCCCAGUCAACUGCAUCACAAACCAUGCCCCAUGUGCCUGGUCAAGGCAAGAAACCACGCCGGCGCAGAGGAGACGUUUAUGUUCUGGCUGCUCGUCAGCGGCGCCUGCAGCAAGAGUACGCUAACCUCCACCACCCACCAGGCUCGGAAGAUAUUUGGAUAUGUGAGUUCUGCGAGUACGAGAGCAUUUUUGGUGUGCCUCCUUUGGCUUUGAUCAGACAGUACGAGAUCAAGGACCGGAAAGAGCGCAAGCGAUUAGCGGAGAAGCGACGUCUCUUGGAGAAGGCAAAGAUGAAAGGUCGGAAGGGCAAAAAGCAGACCAAAAAUGCUGCCAAGGCUGCAAAUGGGGUCAAUCAGCAGCAUCUCAACCAGCAGACUUACGAUUCGCGACCCCUCGAUCAGCUUGGUGGGGAGGAUUAUCUGGACGAUGGGUACGACGAUGACUCUAUACCGUUGCCAGCGCCACCCCCUGCUCCGCUCAAACAAUCUAUGCCUGGAGCCUACGAUGCAACAAUGGGACGAUAUCAAGCUGCCGCAGGCUCAGGGAAAGGAAUCGAAGCGGGAUGA